AUGACAUUGACCAGCGCGACUUUGAAGUCGUUCAUGAGCGGGAUCAAGGACUCAAAGUUGCCACGAACUUUCAAGGACGCUAUCAUGCUCACAAGAAACCUCCGGUUCAGAUACAUAUGGAUCGAUUCAAUGUGCAUUAUUCAGCCCACAGGGCCCAGUAAUGAUGACUGGAACCGAGAAGCCGCCAGAAUGGGAGGUUACUAUUCGAAUUCUCGCCUCAAUCUUGCUGCAAGCGCAGGUAUGGGCAAUGCUGAGCCUUUGUUAAGAGUCAGGAUGGGCUCCAUGAUUGAAGCAAGGCCAUUUCCGCUUUUCGAGCAGGCUGUCCACCGUAAAUGGACCGGAAUGUCCGAGAUCAUGAAGCGGGACCCGAUGUGGCUUCCCAGCGUCCAGCCGUCAAUCCCAUCAUGGUUGCACCAUAUUCAGGACUCACCUUUGAGUUCCAGAGCCUGGGUACUGCAGGAGAGACUACUUGCUCCCCGAACGUUGCAUUGUACCAUGCAAGGCUUCAUGUGGGAAUGUUCUGAGCUCCGUGCAACCGAGUAUGAGCCACUGGGGACUAGCAGUGACUUCGUCGCUCGAGAUCAUGGUCUGCUAAACGUUAAUGUAAUCGGUCGUCGAGAAAAAGAUUUCAUCGUCGGCACAUACUGGCGGCAAGUUGUAGAGGCAUUUUCCCAGCUGCAGAUAAGCUUCCCAUCUGACAGGCUGCCAGCGCUGGCAGGUAUCGCGUCAAAGGUCCAGGAGUACACGGACGAUAUCUACAUCGCCGGACACUUCGAGAGCUCGUUGCUGGGCAGUUUACUGUGGUCGACACUUCGUCCGGUGACACCAGUGAAAGUCACGAGGAAUGCUGGCGCGCCAUCGUGGGCCUGGGCAUCGACGUCCGCGCCAGUAACAUUUGCCUCGCUGGAUGCAACGGACUACCCCUCUCGAAAUCCAGAGAGGAUCGAAUGGGAGGCUGAAAUCAUCGACGUCAGUGCUCAACCAGCGUCCCGUCAGAACCCUUUCUCUUGGUUGUCACUGGGCGCCCUGCGAAUCCGGGGCCGACUAAAGGAGUGGAAGUCAGGAGAAGACGUCGCUGAGAUCCGACUUCAGGAUCAAACCGCAGAGGGAAGAUGGUGGGGUCACAGACCUAUGCCAGACGGCAACGUGAACCAGGCCGGUGCGAUUCCAGUCAAACGCCGGGAGUCGCUUGUUGAACUUCAGGGGCCCCAAUCUGCGGACUCCGAGGUUUCGAAAAGGCGUUGCGACGGCUGCGAAAAGGACAUACGUGGUGGUUUCAGUUCAUGUCUUAUCUGCCCCGACUUUGACUAUUGCUCAGACUGCAUGCUCAACGCAUCUGCGACCCAUCCCGAACAUAGUUUCAAGACCUAUGAGAGUGAUCGUGCCAGGACUGCCGCUGUUGUGGCAAGUGGUGAUCUUCUGACAGCGACAAUCGAAAAGCAAAUGACACAGGCUAGACGUACCAUGGAGCAGAUAAAGCUGGAAGAGCAGCGACUUGAGUCUGGAAGAAACCACAACCCUACGAUUGACGUAACGCUGGACUGGCCUGAUGAGUUCGUCGCAGGAGCCACCAUGUAUCUGUUCCUGAUAAUUCGUGGUAUCCAAGAACCAUCAUGGGAAGGAUUAGUCUUGGCUCCGACAGAAAACGGACGAGAUUUUCGAAGGCUCGGGUAUUUCUCAACUAAAGCUUCGGCUGUCUUUCAGGAUGUGGAGAUACAACAGAUUUCAUUGACUUGA